ACUGGACCAGAGCAUGGAAGCAGAGCUAGGUGACAGGAUGUCAAACCCAGGGAACCUUUCAAAAGAAAAGUGCCAGAGCCAUCCACACAGGAAACGAACUGUGUUCACGAAGAAACAAUUGGCGGAUAUGAACUUAUUUUUCAAUACAAACCCAUACCCCACGCCCAGCCUUCAGAGAGAAAUGGCCUCAAAAAUGGAAAUGCAUCCAAGAGCCCUGCAGGUUUGGUUUAAGAACCGUAGAGCGAAACUUGAGAAAGCCAAAUGCAAGGAUUUUCAGCCAGCACACGAAGCUCAACGAGAAGCUCAACGAAGGCCAUUAGCUGAGGCCAGAGUCCGGAUCAGCUCCUCCAGGGGACAAACGACUACACCUCCCAGAAACCCUCAUGCUGCCUCUCCAGCAUCUCUAGUCUAUACAGAUCAUCCACGACCUUCCUUCCAACUCAGCAUAUGGACCAGUUUGAAGACUCUCACACACCAACCUCUUGGCCACAAAAUGGUGCAUUUCGGCUGCUGCCAAGACCCUAACAUAUACUGCCUCUCUCCCAUUUCGGAAUCCCAAGCUCCCUCCACAAGCUUCUGUUCUAAUUCUCUUGGCCUUUUGUCAUCACAAAGAACUCAGAGACGCUAGACACAGAAAGUCACAUCGUACUGUGAUGUGUAAUGAUUCCCAUUCAAGGAAAUACUUCUCAGCAGUAAAAAGGAAAAAACAGGGAGUUACCGUCAUGGAAACGAAUCCGAGUAGGAGCCAUGAGGUUGUGGGUCCUAUCUCUGGCCUUGCUCAGUGGGGAUGGUUCAGGAUCCCGCGUUGCCGUGAGCUGUGGUGGAGGUCAUAGGCACAGCUCGGGUCUAUUGUGGCUGUGGUGGAGGUCGACAGGUUCAGCUCUGAUUCAACCCCUAGCCUGGGAACCUCCAUAUGCUGCAGGUGAGGCCCUAAAAAGCAGAACAAAGAAAAGAAAAAGGCACCCCAGCCUUGUGUAGCUGCUGACUUGUGCUGAGGUUCUGGCACCUCUGCUCCACCUGGGAGCUUCAGAACAGUCGCUGGGCUUCACGGUGGUCCGGAAGCCAGUUCCUCCCCACUGGCCAGCCCUCUUCUCAAUGUACUCUCCCCACCACCAAGUCCCCUUUUUGUCAGCUGUCAUACUACAGGGGUAGAGGUGGCCUAACAGGAUUUCAGUUUCUUCUUCCCCUCAUUCUCUUGCCCACUGGAGACACCCACGCUAACCUGUCUCAAGAGCCGCCCCAUUGUGUUUGCUUUUUAUAGCAGGUGUUCGCCUACGCCAUUUAUGGUACCUUCCCAGAAGCCCCUCUGCUAGUUUCCCUGAUAACUAAUGAACCAAGCAGACAUCAAUUCCCCCUGUAAUUGGCCAUAUCCCCCCCACCUGCCGCACGGGGGGGAGGGGGAGGAGGGGGAGGAGGGAGGAGGUGGCACGCGAAGACCCCCACCCCCCUCCACCAGCCACACACGGUGGGGAGUCGCUCCAGGACCUUGCUUCAGACGUGUAGCUCCCUCCAUCCAUUAAACCACUGAUGUCUCUCUUGC